AUCACAAUCUCCACCCUUGCGUGUGUGUGUGCGAGUCUGGACAGCGGCGAUAACAUUGGGAACAGGGCAGGGUUUGUGUACUGGCCGUACAAUUCGCGUCGAGGUAUUCACAGUUUGCUCGAUUUCUCCUGGAUGAGAUAAAACAAGAUUGCAGCGAUUCAACGCUUUCAAUCUCCCGCCGCCGCUGCUGAUUUACGUCGCGUUGCAGGCGUUUUCUCACGCUUUUGGUUGCUACUGUAGCGUUCGUUCAAGUAGACGCUCGUGAUUAUUCUUGCUCAACUUUGACAAGUAUGCGGAGUCGCUGGGAAGGAAUGCAACGCAUUUGCAGGUUUUCAACAGCUCGCUCACCUCGACCCACCGCGGGCUCCUGCUUCUGCUGAAUCGUGACUGUUUCAGGUCGGCUGCAAAGCAACCCCCGGUGCGUUAACUCUGGCAAUGCUGCGGCUGCAAUCAAACUGAAACCAAGCAUGCAUUUUUUGUGAAAGGUGCGCACUCAGAAGUCCCGGAGCUAUUGUUCACCUGUGUUGCAACUGCAGAAGGAAGGGGUGCACGUCAACGCGACCGUGUAGCAUGCAUCGGACCAGCCCUGCGUUCUGCAGGCGUCGGAUAGAACCAUGAGGACGGAUGGAACUCACAGAAGACAAGCUGCUUUGUGACACUUUUACUGACACAAUGAUGAAUCAGGAGUCGUGCGGGAUCAUGUUAUCGGUUCCUGCCUUUGACCCGUGCCCGAAUCAGGGCAAUGUCCCACGCGAAGGGACAACCACCAGCAGCACCACCACCACCACCACAAGCAGCAAGGACGGUGUUCGUGUUGUUCCUGCAGCAGGGACUUUCUGGCAGGACUCUGCUGCAGUUGUCGGCGGUGGGACAGUGAUCGCCAGUCCCCGUGCCUCCAACUGUCCAGCAGACAGCGGCGGUGGGGUCGGGGGUGGUGGUGGUGGUGGUGGUGGUGGUGGUGGUUUGCUGACCACGGAGAAGUCGUGCAAAUUAGGCAGGCAGGUGACUGUGGCUUAUGUGAUAAACAGUGAACUGAGUCAGGGGAGCAAUGCAGAGAACCUGGCCCUGCGGUGUCUGAAAGACGCCUGUGACUCCCUGGGAAGUAAGUUGGAGACCGUGCACUUCGGGAAACUGGACUUUGGAGAGACGCUGGUGCUUGAUCGCUUUUACAACGCAGACAUCGCCGUGGUGGAGAUGACGGACGCCUUCCGCCAGCCCUCGCUCUUCUACCACCUGGGCGUGAGGGAGAGCUUCAGCAUGGCCAACAACAUCAUCCUCUACUGCGACUCCAACUCGGACUCGUUGCAGUCCCUGCAGGAAAUCAUUUGCCAGAAGAACACAACGUGCUCGGCCAACUACACGUUCAUCCCCUACAUGGUGACGCCCCACAGCAAGGUGUACUGCUGCGAGAGCAGCCUGAUGAAGGGCCUCACCGAGCUGAUGCAGCCCAGCUUCGAGGUGCUCCUCGGACCCAUCUGCAUGCCCCUGCUGGACCGCUUCGUCCAGCUGCUCAAAGUGCCCAAGGCCAACUCCCACCAGUACUUCCGGGAGACCAUCCUGAACGAGAUCCGCAAGGCGCGGGAGCUGUACACGGGCAUGGAGCUAGCGGCCGAGCUGGAGCGCAUCCAGCAGCGUCUGGACAACGUCGAGUGCCUGUCCUCGGACAUCGUGAUCAACCUGCUGCUGUCCUACCGGGACAUCCAGGAUUACGAGUCGAUCGUGAAGCUGGUGGAGACGCUGGAGAAGCUGCCGACCUUUGACCACGUGGCCCAUCCUCACGUCAAGUUCCACUACGCUUUCGCACUGAACCGCCGUAACCUGCCCGGCGACCGGCAGAAGGCCCUGGACAUCAUGCGGCCUCUGGUGGAGGGCGAGGAGCAGGUGGCAUCUGACAUCUACUGCCUGGUGGGACGCAUCUACAAGGACACCUUCCUGGAGUCGCACUUCAGCGACACGGAGAGCCGCGACUGCGGCAUACGCUGGUUCAAACGGGGCUUUGAGUCGGAGCCCACCCUCCACUCGGGCAUCAACUACGCCGUGCUACUGCUGGCCGCCGGCCACCAGUUCGACACCUCCUUCGAGCUCCGCAAAGUCGGGGUGAAGCUGAGCAGCCUGCUGGGGAGGAAGGGCAGCCUGGACAAGCUCCAGAGCUACUGGGACGUGGGCUUCUUCCUGGGCGCCAGCGUCCUGGCCUCCGACAACACCAGGGUGAUCCACGCCUCGGAGAAGCUCUUCAAAUUAAAAGCCCCCAUCUGGUACCUGCGGUCGCUGGUGGAGACCAUCCUCAUCUACCAGCACUUCAAGAAGCCCACGGUGGAGCAGCCGGUGCCCAAGCAGGAGCUGGUGGACUUCUGGAUGGACUUCCUGGUGGAGGCCACCAAUAAGGAAGUCUCCUCCGUGAGAUUUCCGGUGCUGAUCCUGGAGCCCACCAAGGUGUACCAGCCCUCCUACCUCUCCAUCAACAACGACGUGGACGACAACACCGUGUCCAUCUGGCACGUCGCCCCCGAGGACAAGAACAAGGGCUUCCACGAGUGGAACUUUGGGGCCACCUCCGUGCGAGGCGUCAGUAUCUCAAAGUUUGACGAGCGCAGCGCCUUCCUCUACGUCGUCCACAACACAGAGGACUUCCAGAUCUACUUCUGCACCGAGAUGCACUGCAAAAGGUUCUGUGACCUGGUCAACAGCCUCACGGAGGAGGCCUGGAGGGGGCCCGAGGAGGGGGACUGCGACGCCGAGGCCUUGGAGGUGAGGGGAGGAGGAGCACACAACCAGGCAGGGCUGGACCAUUUGGGGAAACAAUCGAAUUGCGAUUAUUUUGACCAAUAUUGUGAUUGCGAUUUAAUGUGCGAUUUAUAUAAUAUAUUAAGUUCGUUAUGUUGUGUAUUAUUCACUAAAAAAAUAGUAAAUCAUUCUUUAUAUGAGGAGGGGGUGCAACAGGCUACGUUCCUCAUCGUUGAAACUGAAUUGUGGUGUUCCUGUGUGUGUGCAGGGAGUCUCUCUGCCCUGCUGCGUUCCAAAUGGGGCCCGCUGAAGAACAACGAAGCCACCAUCGGCUUCUACACCAAGCAGAUCCUGGAGGGCCUCAAGUAUCUCCAUGACAACCAGAUAGCGCACAGGGACAUCAAGGGGGACAACGUGCUGAUCAACACCUACAGCGGCGUGCUGAAGAUAUCUGACUUCGGGACGUCCAAGCGGCUGGCGGGGAUCAACCCCUGCACAGAGACCUUCACCGGCACACUGCAGUACAUGGCCCCGGAGAUCAUAGACAAGGGCCCGCGGGGCUACGGCAAGCCGGCAGACAUCUGGUCCCUCGGAUGCACCAUCAUAGAGAUGGCCACGGGGAAACCCCCCUUCUACGAGCUGGGAGAGCCCCAGGCCGCCAUGUUUAAGGUGGGCAUGUUCAAGAUCCACCCGGAGAUCCCUGCCUCCAUGUCCCUGGAGGCCAAGGCCUUCAUCCUGCGCUGCUUCGAGCCGGACCCGGACCGCCGUGCCACGGCGCUGGACCUGCUCACCGACGAGUUCCUCACCGUCACCAGCCGCAAGAAGAAGGGCAAGAGCAGCUUCACAGCCCUGAUGCCAGGAUCAGAGUACCUGCGCAGCAUCUCCUUGCCGGUGCCGGUGGUGGUCGAGGACACCAGCAGCAGCAGCGAGUACGGCUCCGUCUCCCCCGACAACGACCUCAACACCAACCCCUUCAUCUUCAAGCCCAGCGUCAAAUGCUACAGCGAGAGGGACGUCAAGGGCCCGCGCUCGCUCUUCCUCAGCAUCCCCGUGGAGAACUUUGAGGACCACAGCGCGCCACCCUCCCCCGACGAGAAGGACUCAGGGUUCUUCAUGCUGAGGAAGGACAGCGAGCGGCGGGCCACGCUGCACCACAUCCUGACCGAGGACCGCGACACCGUGGUGGGGAACAUCAUGGAGGCCCUGCACCAGGGCUCUGAGGAGAGCCGUCUCCGGUGCAGCCACGUCUCCACGCUGGUGGUAAGCCUGGCCGACUUUGUGCGCGCGGCCGACCGCAAGAUCAUCGCGGGCACGCUGUCUCAGCUCAAGCUGGAGCUGGACUUCGACAGCGCCGCCAUCAGCCAGCUGCAGGUGGUGCUGUUUGGCUUCCAGGAUGCGGUCAACAAAGUGUUGAGGAACCACAACAUCAAGCCUCACUGGAUGUUCGCCCUGGACAACAUCAUCCGCAAGGCUGUGCAGACAGCCAUCACCAUCCUGGUGCCAGAGCUGAGGCCCCACUUCAGCCUGGCGUCGGAGGGCGACGCCGCCGACCCGGAGGACGCCGACGACGACUACGGCUACGGGGGCGGGGGCCGGGCGGCGGCCCAGCGGGGCCGGGGCCGGGGCCCCUCGCCGGCCCCUCCCCCCACCCCGCACGACGACACGGUCGGCACGUCGGGCGUGAGCACGCUCAGCUCCACCGUGUCCAACGAGUCGCCCGCCGCCUGCCGCUCCAUCAGCAUGGAGCUGGGCCGCAUGAAGCUGGAGACCACCCGACUGCUGGAGCAGCUGGUGGAGCGCGAGCGGGAGUACCAGGCCGUGCUGCAGCAGGUGCUGGAGGAGAGGGAGCAGGACAUCCAGCUGCUCAGACUGCGCUCUCAGACCCCAGAGCGCCUGAAGCAUCUCGUAGACCCGGUGGGACGGCCGAGUCCCGGUGCAGAGACGCCCCAGGACCCUGAGCUCAGCGGCUGGCUCGGAGACCACGGUGUGGACCAGGAGGCCAUAGAGAGGCUAGUACAGGAAGAAUACACAUUGGACGACAUCCUCCACAAUGUGACGAGAGACGACCUGAAGUGUUUAAGACUCAGAGGGGGGGUGCUCUGCAAGCUGUGGAAGGCCAUCAAGGACGACAGGAAGAACCCGGGAUGAGGCGUGACCGGGACCCGGGACCUGGUCACCUAGCAACAGCCCAACGGCCCCCCUCUCUGUUCCACCGAGUGCUUCGGCGCCGUCCUCUUGCUGUCCUGUUUUGUUACCAUCAUGCUUUCUUAAACCUCAGUAUUUAUUCCAAAAGGGACCCUUUGACUUAAAGGCGCAGCGGACCUGUCGUGUGUGCGCACCCCGUUUUUGCGGGGUACCGUCGUUUUCAAUUCUCGUGGAGAGUUUAUGGAAUCGUGUUUUUUUUAUUUAAGGCUCACUUGAGCUUUUACUUUGAAAGUGUAUAGCAGAAGAAAAGGGACAAACAGUUGAAGUGCCACUAAUGUUUGUUUUUGUUUGUUUUCAGCCAUUUAGCUGAGAAUUAGUCAAGCGUAACAGCUGACGCCCCUGAGAAUUCACCCUGAUCACAUUCGUUUUCUGUAAAUCACUGUUGGGAGAUAGAGACGAAAGGCGCUUAAAAUUUAGAUGCUCGUAUUUAUUUGUUUACAGAAUUGAUUUUAAAUGAAUUAUCUUCAAGCCAGCCUGUUGGUUUAUCCUCAUUACCAAUUAACUUUAUUAGGAUGGAAAUCUUAUAAUCACUACUUUAUUUUAAUGAUGUUUUAAUAUUGACCUUCAUGGCGUAUCUUUUGUUUUUUUAUUUAACUUUUAACUUUGUAUUUGUUUUUCAACCUUUUGUUAAGAGCCAAUUUUGUUUACUGUCAUUUGUGGUAUGUUCAUUUGUGGGAUGAAGGUUAUAGGUAGAUAUCUUAAAUAUGUGUUCAUGUUAUUUGUAAUGCCAUCAGAAAACAGGGCUAGAUAAUGUCUGUGUGCAUUGAAUCAUUCUUAAUAUACUAAACGUUUGAAACAUACAUUGUUUAAGUAUUUUAGAGCUAUUGCAGACGAUUGGACAUAAGUUGUAUACUUUGUAAGCUUAAACCAGCCCAGUGGGUCCACAUAAUUGUUUUCAUUGUACAUUGACACUAUAUUAUUGGUGUUUUAACCGAUUAUGAUCAGAAAUCUAAUUAUUUAAUUCAGUGUAUAACUUCAAAAUGUGCAUUACAUUAUAAAUUGUCAAGUUUAUCACUUGUUUAUAUUAUUUAAUGCUUUAAUUGAAUAAUGAGGAAAAUAGUUGAGGACACCUGUCAGUUUUGUUUCUUAUUUAUUUGAGCUAAUGAAUUUGUGCACAAUAAAUAUAUUUUGUCUUGUACCUGAAA